CAUUGGUGGCUGAAACUGCUGAUGUGGUUCCCAUUGUCCUCCCAUUUAGGCCAGGCACCAGGGCGAGAUAUCAGGUAGACGUUCAGAAGCAAAAUGGCGCCCUGGCUGCGAGGCGCUGUGGCGGGUCUUGCUGCGCCGCAGCUCCUGGGAAGUGUCGCAGAUGGUCGGACGCACCUGCGCGUUCCGGUGUCUCAGGAGCUCUCGCUGGAUUUGCUGGAGGCAUCGCUUUCUGAGCAAGAGCAGCUGGUCGAAGAGGCCCUGGAGGAGCCCACGAAUGGCGCAGAGAGUGAUCCCUACGGCCUGGUGCUGUGGCCGGCGGCCCAGGUGGCGGCCGCCGCCCUGGUGGCGCUGCUGAAAGCGCGAGCUCCGGCCGAGAAGCGCGGCUCGAAGCGCCGCAUUUUGGAACUGGGCUGCGGCACUGGGCUGUGCUCCUUAGCCGCCGCAGCAGAGUCUUCAGGCGCGGAAGUGGUGGCCACGGACUACCGCGCUGAGCCUUUGGAGCUGCUGCAGCAGGCGAGGCAUCUCAACGAGCGUCGGCUGGGACGACGCCUAGCCAUACGCUGCCAAAACCUGGACUUUGUGAACCAGCGUCUACCGGCAGCGGACUUUGUGGUGGCUGCUGAUCUGCUGUACCUGCGCUCGACCUCCGAAGCCUUGGCCAAAGGAUGCUUGGAGGCUCUGAAGGGCGGCGCGCAGGUGCUGGUGGGCGACACGGGGCGCCCGGGCCGGGGGGCCUUUCUGCGGCGCCUGCAGCGAGAGCUCAAGGUCCAGGUGGAUUUUGAGCAGCUGCACGGCUGGAGCUUAGCGCUGCCCAGGCAUGAGCUGAUCGCGCGGCAAGCGCCAGAACCUCGUCCACUGCCGGUAGGGCUGAUGCAUUUGCGGCCACAGGAUUUGGCGUGAGCGCUGAAGUCAAAAGACGGGCUUCGGCUGUGACUGACAUCUCAACCUUUGGAUGUGAGAUUUGUCUGGUCUCACGGUUUCAGGCAGAAACAACACAGCCCAACACAGGCUGAUAAACUCGGGUGUGCGCC